AGAGUUGAAUGUUCAAUACUUCAAUACAUUAAUAAGAUAAAGGAUCGGACUGUAUACGAGCGGUUUAAGAGUGUGUUUUAGUGUAUGUAGUUAUGAUAAAUGGUGUAAUAGGCGGAAGGUUAGAGACCAAGAACGAUUUUUAGUUCUGGAAAUUAUACUUCUGUACUGUGAUGAAUGGUACACUUGCAGUAGCAUAAUCAUAUUUGCAUCCCAUAGCAUUCGUAUUACGAAUCGCGUUUUCAAAAAUAAGAUUCUUCAUGGUCUGUCAUGUAUGAGGUGGCAAGGAUUUACAUUGUGGUUCUUCAGGUUACACUGUGUGCUAUGGCUACACACAGCAUGAACAAGGAGGUCUUGGUUGAUCUUCAGGAAAAAUAUGACAAGGUGCGAAAGCUCUUGGAUGAGGACAGUAAGAGGGAUCCACCCAGUGAACCUUAUAAGUCUAAAUAUGCUGCAAGUGUAAUUCUCACUGAUAUGAAAUCUAUAUUAGUAAAACUGGUUGAAGAUUCAGAUUGCUUAAAAUUCAAGGCAAUGCUUGGAGUUGUUUCACUAAAUCUUGGACUGGUUUCUGUUGACACUGAGGAGCUAUCAACUGGAGAAGAACAGCUGAUGAAUUGUGUGGACAGCUUGUGUGAUGAUGCUCUGAAGCCUGAAAUCAUCCUUAUUCUGAUGACUGCCUUGAAUCAGUUAGGUAUACUGUGGUCAGAGAGAGGCGAUCCACAGAAAUCCAAGGAAUACCUGGACAGAGCUGAGAAGUUAUAUGAAGAGUUCACAGCACAUUUAUCAUCCUCAACAGCUGCAGUGCCCUUUCAUGACUUGUUUCGAACGUCUAGUCCUGAAAUGCCACAACCCGAUACGGAGAACAUGUUGGAGAGACUUUACACUCUAACAAUGUAUUAUCUAGCACAGGUCCAUGGCAGUUUAAAUGAUCAUGUCAAAUCUGCUGCUUACUGUCACACAACGCUAAAGAGGCAGUUGGAAAGUAAAGACUUUGAUCCUGUUGAUUGGGCCUUGAAUUCAGCCACUUUGUCUCAAUUCUUUAUGGAGAAGAAUGGAUUUUCUCAAGCACGACAUCACUUGGCUGCAGCAUCCUAUAUUCUGGACCAGUAUGAAAGUGAUCUCAAUUUGCAAGAAGGGAAUGAUGAAACAUUUGAAGCUAAGAGAGAGAGGUUGAGACACCGCAGUGCUGAUGUUGCAAGGUGCUGGGCCAAAUAUGGUUUAAUGUUGCUUUCAAACUCAAGGGAACGGCUAAUGUCAGAAGAGAAUGAAAAUGAGGAAGAAGCAUCUGGAACAUCAAACUCAAACACUGAAGAAUUAGGUGAUGUGAAACAUUUAUGGUUUACAUCAUUGGAAUUGUCAUGUUAUGAAGAUCAGAUAACAGACAAACAUAUUCUUGUAUAUGAAGAUGCACGGAAGGUCUUUGUUGAUGCACAGAAGUGGUUAGCAAAGGCUAAACAGUAUUAUACUUUAGAUGAACACGCUUCAGAUUGUGUUCAGAUUGUCCAGGAUCUCAGUCAGUUAUAUAAAUACCUGGCUUUCUUCGAAGAGGAUGAAAAAAGGCAGAGUCGAAUGCACAAACGACGCGUAGAUCACUUGGAGUCUGUUUUGAAGGAGUUAAACCCUCAGUACUACUUGCUGGUGUGCAGACAGCUCUGGUAUGAACUGGGUGAAACGUAUUCAGAUAUCCUGGAUAUUAAGUUACAGAGAUUGCAGAUGACAGAUGAGCGACCCACACCACAUGCAUUAUGGAAAGUGAAUCAUCUUGCUCAACAGAGCAUCAGCAACUUCAGUAAAUUCAUUGAAUCACUCAGAGAUGCAAGCACGAAGAAGAUGCCUGCUAGGCUGAAUGAGGAUGUGCUCAGACCAGCGCUGAUUGCAUACUUUCGUGUGGGUCGCUUGUACAGUAAGAUUGUCACACCAGACAAGGUGGUGCAGCUUCAGUACCUGGGAAAGAGCCUGGAUGCCUACCAGUUCCUUGUGGAUUACUGCAGAAAUGAUGAAGGUGCUAAAAAGUACGUAUCUGUUGAGUUGGCAGUGUGUGAAGAUAUGGUGAAACUUUUGCCCCUCAAGCUGGAGAAACUGAAGCAUGAAGUGCAACAGGAGGGCCAAGAGUGGAAACAUUCUGUACCAAGAUGUUAAAACCGGGAUGAUUUGGAGCAACUAACUAAUGGCAGAAUGGCAGACAUCUACCACUUAAAAGAGCAGCACCCACAAAACAAGGUUCUCUGCAUCAUUGGUGUGCACUGGUCUGCGAUUUGCACAUGGCUUUCAACCUUCCAUAUGUAUAUAAUUACAUAACAAACUUGUGCAAGCAACAAGCAGAAGUCAUACAGAAUUGUGAGAAUGAACAUAUAUGAAGUACAGGACAAGGCAAAGCCAGACAUAGAAAAUACAAGAGGCUUAAGCUGGCAGCAGUCAGGCUUACAACCGUUCAAGUGACUAAGCUGCCGUUGUAGCAUAAGAUAUGUAACCUAGGCAUGACUGCUUUGCAAAGCUUGUACUGACAGAGGAUAUAUAUUUAGUGCACAAGGAAGAAUUUUCAAUAAUGUGAUAUGUACACUUGACAAAGGU